AUGCCCAACAUCCCUACUAACGGCAGUUCGUCUGAGUGCAGUGAUGGGGGCAAUUUGCUGGCUCUCGCCAACAGCAUCUUGCAGCAGACGCAGGACAUCGUGGAAUAUCUACGCUUGAACAGUUACCCCUCCCCCACCUUUGCAGUGGAGUCCAUUGAUCGCCCUGAGACGCUCGAGUAUUUGACGCUUCAUGAUGGUCUGAAAAGAUCUCUAGAAGACUUGAAAUACUUAGUUGAGGGCCCAAAGAUGCACUUUCGUGCCCUUUGCUGCCAGGGGUAUGAGCUUGCUGGUAUUCAAGUGGCUCUCGAGUUCAACUUCUUCACCCUUGUUCCUGCAGAAGGACAAAUUUCUCUGGAAGAACUCGCCAAAAGGUCCGGUGUUGACCUUGACAGAACCUCUCGCGUUGUUCGCUUGCUAGUUACGGAAUCCAUUUUCAAAGAACCUACUCCUGGUUACAUUUCACACAACCCCAGUUCCUACCUUCUUUACAAAGACGAAGAGAUACGGUCUACGUUACAGUACACGACCGAUGAGAUGCUUAAGGCAGCUUCAUCUACCGCCGAUAACGUCAGGGCGUCUCCGGAUGCUUAUGACAGUGCCCUCACACCAUUCUCAACGCGCCACGGCCUUCCAAUCUUUGAUUACUAUGAGAAAGAUCCCCAGCGUUCACUUCGAUUUGCCAAGGCAAUGGCCGGUUGGGCGAAGUGUAAUGCUCACCUUUUCUUUCUUUUAUUCUAA